AUGCUGAUAACGCACGACUUUUGUGAAGCACUUGCCAAACGGGCUACAGAAUUUAUUAAAUUUCCCGAGACUGAGCAAGAGGUGCUACAAAGCAUUGGCUUGUUCACAAACAAGUCCCCAUUCCCGCAUGUGCAUUCACGACGCCCGUAUUCUCAUCUGAGCAAACUACAGAGAGAAAUUGAUCAAGGUACCUGGCUAAACGGGCCUUCAAAGAUAAUUGGGAGUUCCGAAGUUGGUCCUCUUCUGGUAGGGGACUCGGCGUAUCCCUUGUCUAUUUGGCUGAUGAAGCCUUUUAAGCAAACACCUACAUUAACUGAGAGCCAAUUGCGUUUCAAUCGUGCCCUCAGCCAAGCCCGAGUAGUUAUAGAACAAGCUUUCAGAAUUUUGAAAGGUCGUUGGAGGUGUCUCUAUAAACCACUGGAGGAAAAAACAAGCAGAGUCCCCACCACUAUCAUGGCUUGUUGUGUCCUUCACAAUAUUUGUAUAGAUGUUGGAGACCCGAGUGCUAUAGACCCCGUUGAGGAUGACGAUGAAAUGGAUCAAAGUUCUUGCAAUGGAGAUGAGCAGUCUGAUGCAAGGGGCAUUAGAGAAGAUAUUAUGAACUAUUUAUCAUAG